AUGACGGCUCUCGAAGGCGACUCUAGGGUUUUGGGGACGAGUGAAAAGGAUGUGUCGAUGGUGGAUGUGGGAGAUUGUGGUCGACCUCCGGGUGAUCCACCGGAUAACCAGCGGUCGUGGGCGAAGAUGGUGGCAGCCGGUGGUUCGAAUGGUAUGCCGAAUCCGGAGGGUAUUUUUGAUGCAAAGUUUGUGAAGGAGAGGUUGUGUGUGGAGUUUCCGGAUGGGAAGGCUGGUGAACCUGUUGUCACGGUUGGGGCAGAGGUGUUGGAGGUUAUGAAUGGGUUGUGGCGGAGGUGUAUGAUUGUUAAGGUUUUAGGGCGUAGUGUUUCGGUCUCGGUGUUGAGCAGAAGAUUGCGUGAUUUGUGGAAACCGGCGGGGGCGAUGCACGUGAUGGAUCUUCCACGUCAAUUCUUCAUGAUUCGUUUUGAGAAGGAAGAGGAAUACAUGGCGGCUCUUACAGGAGGACCAUGGAGGGUCUUUGGGAGUUGCCUUCUUACUCAAGCAUGGUCUCCAUCAUUUGAUCCGUUAAGAGAUGAGAUCACAACGACACCGGUUUGGAUCAGAUUAUCGAAUCUGCCUGUGAAUUUCUAUCAUCAAUUUAUUUUGAUGGGUAUCGCGGAAGGUUUGGGGACGCCGAUUAAAGUGGAUCUUACCACGUUACAGUUUGAGCGAGCUCGUUUUGCCCGAAUAUGUGUGGAGGUUGAUUUGAAAAAUCCGCUAAAAGGUACAAUAUUGAUUAAUGGAGAGAGGUACUUUGUGUCUUAUGAGGGGUUGACGACUAUUUGUUCGAAGUGUGGGAUGUACGGUCAUCUCGUCCAUGCAUGCCCCCUAGUUGUGAAGGAGAAUGUUUCUGUCCAUGCCCAAGUGGUAUCGGGUGGAGUAGUGAGUGAGGUUAGUUCGAUGGAUGAUGGGUUUGCAGUGGUUCGAGAUAGGGAGAGGCGAACUAAACCACGGGAGGAGAAGAGUAACACGACCGUCGGAGUUCGGGGCGGUUCUCAGAAUCGUAAUCUUCGGGAAAUCCCGGUGACUAAGAUCUCGGGUGAUGUAAGGGAAGUGGCUGAUUCACGGGAGGAGAAUAAGGAGAAUGAGAUUCUCUCAGAUUCUUUGAAUAAUGGGAAGGGUGUGAUGGUAGAGAAGGAAAGUGUUUUCGGCGGGAAGCGCAUAGAGGCAAACAAAGAUUUUGGUGGUGUGUUUAAAGGGACACGGGCUGGUCUGGGAAUUGCUAUAGGACCUAAUGGGCCUAAGAACGUGGGAGUUAAGCCCAAAAGUAGAGGAGGCAGGCCGAUGCGAGGUUUGGUUUUUGGCCCAAGCAAGGGUGAGGUGGAGCUAUCUGUGUCGGGGAAGAGGUUGCGGAUGGAGAAGGAGAGUGAUGGCCGACCGGGAGGAGCUUUUGUUAAUGAUGGUGACAAGGCGAGGGGGCUGGAUACUAAGGCCUGCUCUGGUAAUGUGGGGGCUAUGCAUCAGUUGGGUGUCGAGUUGGGAGGUGACAGAGCGCGUCAGAUUUGUCAAGGGCUGGGGUUUGGUAACUCUUUCAGGGUGGAUGCUGUUGGCCAAAGUGGAGGUUUGUGGCUGUUGUGGCGGUCUGGUAUCGGCGAUGUGGUGAUUGUGAACUCCUCGGACCAAUUCAUCCAUGCCAAAAUUGUGAACGGGACGGAUAGUCUCCAUGUUAUUGCGGUGUAUGCUGCUCCGUCUGCUACUAGGCGAAGUGGGCUGUGGGACCAACUUCGAGAUGAGAUACAUAACAUUACAGAACCGGUGUUUGUGGGUGGAGAUUUCAACACCAUUGUAAGGAUUGAUGAAAGAGCGGGUGGGAAUGGAAGGGAAAUAAAUUUACCUGGCGUAGGGGGCGUGUGGCGAUGA